CCUCCACGCCGGUGUGUGCGCCGUGUGUUGCAGUGAAGCCGCUGAGCGCGACCAUCGUGACGCCGCGGCAGCCGCUGUCGGCCGGGCGGCGCGUGGACAUCGAGUGCAUGACGGCGGGGUCGCGCCCCGCGGCCAAACUCUCCUGGUGGCUGGACAACCAGGCGCUCGACGCCAGCGACGACAAGGUGCUGGGCGACGGCAACGUGACGACGUCGACGGUGAGCCUGACGCCGACGGCGGCGCUCAACGGGAAGGCGCUCACGUGCCGCGCGGAGAACCCCGCGCUGCCCGCGGGCGUCGAGGAGGACACGUGGCGCCUCAACGUGCACUUCGAACCGGCCCUGCGCCUGCAACUGGGGUCGAACCUGAACCCCGAUGACAUCGAGGAAGGUGACGACGUGUACUUUGAGUGCAAAGUGACCGCCAACCCGUGGGCGUACAAAGUCGUCUGGAAGCACAACUUUGAAAAAUUAAAUGAACCUAUUUUACAUUCACAGUCAAAAACAUACCACACAUUAAUAAAGUCAAAGAAGAACAUAUCAAUGAGACAAAAGGGUUACUUCUUUUUAAAAACAAAAUUAGGAUAUAUUCCUAUAAUGAAUGAACCAAUGUUAUUAGUACAAUAUUUGUUGACACAGCAGUUAAAUAUUUCUUAUUUAUAG